UCACGCCUGACUCUAUCUGCUAAAGGGAAUAACGCACGGCAGGUAGAGCCUGCAGGACGACUAGGAAGGAAUAGGAGGUCCCAAGAGCAAGCAGUCUCCUAAUGACGUCAGCGGCAGAACAACAACAAAGCCGCAAGCAGCUGUGUCUGAGUUCACGCGCUGGCUCGCAGGGAGGAGCGCGAGCGCGAUCCGGCAGCGCGAUGGCGGAGAGAGCAGAGCAGGAGAGUGCACGAGCCCCGCGGGCCUCAUCAGUCACCCCGCCGCCGGCGUGCUGCCGAUCAACGGGCGUCAACUGGAAACGGCUCGUGAGGACUUGCGCCACCUUUACAGCGACGAACAUCGUGUUCUGGUUUGUGUCCUUUAGCCCAUUCCGAGUGGUGUGUCUCCUCUGCCUGUGUCUGCUUUUGUUGCUGCUGGUACAGUUGGUGAGGGACAUGGCACUUUCCAGGUCAAGAGGAUCCCGUUUAUGGCGAAGUAUGACAGGCAGCUGGGAGCUGGUGGACUCAGGUCAGGAGAGCAGGUCUGGACCAGAAGCUCAGCUUACAGACUGCUGGAUGAGCAUCAAGCUGUUCCUUGAGGAAACAUCUUCUUUUAAAAAGCAAAACCCGGGAAAGUUUUGUCUUCUAGUAUGCAGCUUGUGCUUCUUCCUGGCCAUACUGGGCAAUUACAUUCCAGGAGUUGUUAUUUCUUAUAUGAUAGUACUAGGCAUUUUCCUGUGGCCUCUUGUGUCAUCACAAGAGUUUGGGAUGUGGGUGGAACCAGUUCUGCAGAAACUGAACUUCGGAGUGGGGUACUUCCUGCAUAAGAUUAAAGAGAAUCAUGAACAGAGGUUGCAGAAAGCAGAGGCAGAAGCUGAGAAAGAAAGCAUUGAAGCUGAUUUGUCCUCAAUGUUCCCUAAGUUGGAUUCCAUGGUAUGCAGGGAGCUGUCUGUAUCAGACACUGAAGUCUCUGAAGUAACGUGGACUGAUAAUGGCACCUUUAACUUAUCAGAAGGGCACACACCUCAGACAGAGAACUCAGAGGAUUUAGAUCGUCGUAGUGAGGAGGAAGUAUUCUCCGGUCUCACUGAAUUUCCCUCCCUGGAUAAUGGAGCAGGGACGAAUGGAGAUGAUGAGGACCUGAGCAUCGGCCUCCCCACCACGUCUAUCCCUCAGCACAGAGAGGCUCGAGGGACAGGUGUAGGGGACGAGGCUGCGGUGACUCAAGCUUUGGGACUUUUACAGAGAACAGCCGAGAAUGCCAUCAAAGACGCGGUCACUGCUGCCAUACAAGAGCGGCUGGAGUCAGCGAUUGCUGACAACACAGACAGUGAGGCUGAGGACUUUGAGUUGCUGGACGAAUCUGAGCUUGAACAUAUGGAGGGUGAGCUUGGCCUGGAGAGAAAGAGUGGCGAGCCUCAGUCGAAAGACACCAAAAAUCCUGGGUUUUUCUCCAAACUGCUUGGGCACCAGUAAUGAAAGCAUCUUUGCAGUGGGGCAGAAGCAUGAGUGGAAGACAGUCCAUGAGACUGCAGCAAGGUCCAGAUUAAUGAUGGUAUUCCAUUUUUUUAUGUUAAAAUGUUUUAAUUAAAUUACCUUGCAGUAAAUUCCAAAUUGGUAGAGGAAGGAUGCUUCUUGUACAAUGAUGUAUAAGGGUGGAAAUGAGGUUUUGAUACUUUUUUUGUUUUUAACUAUCUUCAUUUACCGGCUAUAAAAUGGCUUUAGAUAUAGUCCCCAUAUGAAAAGAAUUAUUUUGACAAAUUACUGUAUAAUAGCUUUAAUUCAUUUAAAUAGGGAAAAGUAUAAACAAGAGAGACAUUGUAAUACAAUAAAACCCACUCAUCUCCAACCAAACCAAUAUCUAAACAAAUUAAUGUAAAUUGUUUAUAAGUACAAAUAGUUAGCUUGAUUUUUUUUUACGUAUUCCACAUUCAAUUUAUAGUAACAUUACUGCCACACUUGUAUUCAUAAUAGUAGUGUAAUAUCUAAAAAAAAAACUGAAACACCAACAAAAAGAAUUUUCCAUGACACAAACCAAUUUUUUUAUGGGAUUCCACCUUAACAGAGGGUUAUUUCAGUUAUUAGACGGAUAUCCUCAUUAUCUUGCUGCCAAACAAGCUUGUUAUUAAAGUCAGUGAUUAAUCUGCAGAUCUUCUUUUAGCACCUUCUGUCUUGAUGAUAUACAAAACUCGAACCCCAAAAGGACAAGGCCUUUCAAAAAAUGACAAUCAGUAGGUUUUCCAUAUUAAUGAAUAUAUCAUAACCCAAAAAAAGUGCAUUUAAAUGUAUCCUAAGAAAAUAAUCAUAAGAAAUCUACUUUUCAUGUUGUCUGUUUUGUUUUGGAUUUGUAUUUUUUUUUUUUUAAAAACAUUGCUAAGCAUUGAUUUGGAGCUGGGUGUCUCACUACAAGACUUUGCAUGAAUAAUUCUUGUAUUUGUAUUCGCACCUUAUUCAUAGAGCGAUGUGACUAGGCAUUAGAGCACGCUGACACUGAGCUGGACUGUUUUAAGUACAUUUUAUAUAUACACACACACACUCCACUCAUUGCCUACUUUAUUGUGAACACGUGUAUACCUGUAAAUUCAUGCAGUUAAUUAAUCAACCAAUCAUGUGGCACCAGCACAAAGAAAUUCAUGCAGAUACACAUCAAGAGGUUUAGGUAAUAUUUGCAUCAGAUACCAUAAUGAACAGUAUGUUUGAUCUCUGACUUUGAUCAUGUCAUAGUUGUUGGUAACAGGUGGGCUGGUUUAAGUAUUUUAUAAACUGCUGAUUUUUUAAAUUACACACACAAUAGUCUCUAAAUAAAUUCUAUAGGUGUAAACACAUUGUUGAUGACAAAAGUCACUGGGAAAAGGCAAUAUUGGUUUUAAGGACAUCAAAGCAUGCACAAAACAUUAAACCUGGAGAUGGAUGUGCUACAACACAGACCAGAUUCUGGUGAACCAAGAACAAGAAUCAGCAUGUUUACCCAAACUGUACAGUUAAAGACUGUUUUUUUCUACCUUUAACUUAAGAUCUUGAACUGUAUCUGCAUGGAAUUAUCCUUUGCAUUAUGCCACAUAAUUGGUUGAUAGGAUAGCUGCAUGAAUGUACAGGUGUUCCUAAUAAAUGGGCCGUGAGACAUGGUUGAUACUUGGCUCAUCUUUUUAUCCACAUCACUGUAGGUUGUAUAGGAUUAAACCUGUCGUUAAUCUGUGAGUUAGUUUAUGUCUAUCUAAAACCACUCUUUAAAUGUACUAUGAAUUGUACUAAGAAGUAAUAAUGUAAGCAGCCUAAACUCUCCUAGUAACACAAUGACUUGUAUGGACUUUUCUAAUGUGAUUAUUAUGAACGUUAUCCGAACAGUGAUUUGUUUCAGUGUCAGUGUGAUUUCCAAAUGCUUCUGAAUGUACUAUUUAUUCCUUUCUUCUCUCCUGAUUGAUUACUUCACAUACAUAUGAUUGCCUUAUAUGCCUGAGUGAAUUGUGUGUCAGAAUGAAGGAACAUACAAAAUAUAGUUGUAUGUAAAUAAUGCGAUUAAAAUAUGAAGAAUUAAA